UGUCAGGUGCUUGUCAGCUUGUCACUUUGUCACUGAUUUUGGGAGGUUACGAAAAAGAGAAAAGUGUUUUGCAAUUUUAUUUUUUCAGUAUAUUUUUAUAAUUAUUCGUACCCUAAGAAGCCUAAAGUGUAUAUAAACGAUUAACCGAUUAAACGAUUAAUUAAUUAAUUAUGGUUUAAUUAAUUUAUAAUUAAGUAAAUAUCUAACUUGAGAACAUAAUUUAUUCAUUAUGGCUACUUCAAAAACCACAAAUACUUACAAUAGACAAAAUUGGGAAGAUGCCGAUUUUCCAAUUUUGUGCCAGACAUGUUUGGGCGAUAACCCUUAUAUUCGAAUGACUAAAGAGAAAUACGGGAAAGAAUGUAAAAUAUGCGCACGGCCCUUUACCGUGUUUAGAUGGUGUCCAGGUGCUAGAAUGCGUUUUAAGAAAACAGAAGUUUGCCAGACUUGCAGUAAACUAAAAAACGUUUGCCAAACGUGUCUUCUAGACUUAGAAUAUGGUUUGCCAAUACAAGUACGUGAUGCUGCAUUGAAACUUAAGGAUGAUUUGCCCAAGAGUGAUGUGAACAAGGAAUUUUACAUUCAGAAUAUAGAAAGAGACCUUACACAGUCUGAUUCCGGAUCUCUACAUUCUAAGCUUGGUGAAUCGAAUGAUUUGUUGGUCAGGCUGGCUAGAACGGCGCCUUAUUAUAAGAGAAACAGACCCCAUGUUUGUUCGUUUUGGGUGAAAGGAGAAUGUAGAAGAGGUGAAGAAUGUCCAUAUCGCCAUGAAAACCCAACUGAUCCAGAUGAUCCUCUAGCUGAUCAAAACAUAAAAGAUAGGUAUUACGGGGUGAAUGAUCCUGUAGCUGAUAAGCUGCUAAAGAGAGCAGCCGCCAUGCCUACUUUAGAGCCGCCAGAUGAUAAGACAAUAACUACUCUGUAUAUUGGUAAUUUAGGUACUCUAACAGAACAAGAUAUUAGGGAUCACUUUUAUCAGUAUGGUGAAAUCAGAUCUGUAAGUUUAGUACCGAAACAACAAUGUGCAUUUGUACAGUUUACUACUAGAACCGCCGCUGAAACUGCAGCAGAAAAGACAUUUAACAAAUUGAUUCUCGGAGGUCGAAGAUUGACAAUUAAAUGGGGAAGAUCACAAGGGCGUACAGCUGCAACCCACCAGCCGGUCGAGGAAAUAUACCCAGCCGUUCCAGGCCUACCCGGAGCCCUGCCAGAACUAGCCAACAACUUCUUCAACUUGGAACCGGGCCAUAUUCCUCUCCCCAGCAUGCCACCGCCUCCGUCUCUCAUGGUGCCUCCUAUGUUUGGCCCCCCUCCUCUGCCUCCGUUCUUCUUCAAUCACGGGCCCCCUCAGUUGCCACCGUUCACAGCGUCCGCCGUCAGCGGUGCUUCUAGCGCUAGCACUGCGCCUGCAGCCUUGGGGGUGGAGAGUGUGGUGCCGUUGAAAACUGCCGUUCAUUAUCCGAGCCAGGAUCCUUCGCGGUUAGGAGCUACGCAAAUAACUGGACAAAAACAAGAAUGAUUUAGCGAGAAUACUUUUUACGUAUUUUUUGAAUGAUAUUAUUGAGAAAAUCCAAUAAAUAAAUAAUUCUUUUUGUAAUAUAAACAUAAAGAAAUCAAUUAAAACGUUAGAAAAAAAAAAA